AACCCAAUCAACCCCAUCACUCUAAUUUCAUCCACACGAGCUCAUCGACGCAUCUCAACCUCUGUUGAGACUUGACAUCCAUUUCACACUUUCCCCCUCAACAACAAGAUGACUGGACGCGGCAAGGGUGGCAAGGGCCUCGGCAAGGGUGGCGCCAAGCGUCACCGCAAGAUUCUUCGUGACAACAUUCAGGGUAUCACCAAGCCCGCUAUCCGUCGUCUCGCCCGUCGUGGUGGUGUCAAGCGUAUUUCUGCCAUGAUCUACGAAGAGACCCGUGGUGUUCUGAAGUCCUUCCUUGAGGGCGUUAUUCGUGACGCCGUCACAUACACUGAGCAUGCCAAGCGCAAGACUGUCACGUCCCUGGACGUGGUCUAUGCUCUGAAGCGCCAGGGCCGUACUCUUUACGGUUUCGGUGGUUAGACGUCUUUACUUUGUGCGAUUGGCAUGUCUCUUAUGAAUCUCUUUCCGGGGCAUGGCGCGCUUCGUUCGACGCGCCUAGACGCGUGGGCGCAGCGACAAUGGACAUUGGGGUGUGGGUGUUCUUGCGACAUGAAUGACUACGGACUGGCUGGCUUUUGGGUGUUUACUUGUACAUACGGGUUGGGCUCUAUGGAUUUGGGCUUGAGGUUAAUCGAUUCCUCGCCGAGGUGUGCUCUCGACA